GCGGACUCGGGUGAAAAGCGCAUUGACACCAGGACUUUACGCCAAGUCUUGGCUGACGUAAAGGCCGCCCUGAAUGUAGCGCGCCUCAGCAAUAAGCUGCAGGAGGCGGAACACAUCUUAAGGAAGGUGCAUGAGCUGGAGGCUUUGAUUGAAGCCAGCGAAAGUGAGGAGGCUUCUGCGGAGCUUGCGCAGGCACUAUGCAGUGCCAGGGCCGAGGACACAAGUCCAGCCACGGCCACGACGAACCAGGAGUUUGUUGAGCCUAAGCCGCCGGUGUCCGCUCUCGUCAAAGGCGGGAAGAGCAGCCGUGGCGAAGAGAUGGCCAGAAGAACCUCGACACGAUCGCAUCUUCGCGACAUGCUGAGGACUUCAGCUGGGUGGGUGCGGCUUCCACCUCCCGGUGACUGCCAACCGGAGUCACCGGAGUCCGCCGAAGAGCUGGCAGACCAAAAAGAACCAGGCCUUCGCAGACGCGAGAGUUGGCUGAAGUGGUGGCCGGAGCAUGCCUUCUCCGAAGGCUAUGCGUUGCAUCAGCAAGAAGCGUUCUUCGAACGUUUGCCGAAGGAAAGGCUGAAUUCAGAAGAGAUGCAACUGCGCGAUGCGAUCAUUGCCUUCCUGGAGAAAUGGAAGGGGAAGGAUAUGGCCUCUUUGGACGACAUCGUUCAGGAUCCCUGCGUUUCGGAGUGCAUCCGUAGCACCUUGCCAGAGAGCGUGCCUUUGGAGGACUGGCUGCGCCGGCGCCAGCGCCUUGGUCGACGCGCAGCGCCGGUGUCAAGACUUGAAGCACCGAAGACGCCUAUGGCAAGGUGGAAGAAGGACCAGAUGAUUUCAGACCCUCUUGAGCCGGAGCAAAGACGGAAGUUCCAACGUCGGGACUCCACGGAACGUCGACCCAGUGGAGUGUUUGGCCUCAACUUCUCGGUCAGCGAUGCAGGGCAAAUCUGCGGUCGCAUAGCAGGGGACGACGAAGACAUAUGCGACCUGCCAUGGCCAACAACAUCCGUAGUCCCAGACCAAAAGUCUUUUCAAUGGAUACGCGAAGUAGGUGCUGGUACACGACGACUGCUGCCGAGUGUGACCUCGCGGGCCAGUGGGAUGGUCCUGGAGGAGGUCAUGGCCUGGCGCUUUCGCCACCGGUACCGCGCUCGAGGAGUGGAGCCAGUGCUGCAGAGAAUGUGGCAGACAUAUCGAUCAGCGAAGCGGCCGUCCACAUCGCCGAGCUGGGACUAUGCAUGGUGGAAUGGCAAGGUGCAGCGCGACGCUGCUGAGGGAGUUCAGGAGUAG